AUGUGUGGGUUUACCAUUGCGACCGGGUUUAUCAAAACAUUCCCGCAGUUGAUCGCCUGCCGUUUGCUAUUUGGAAUCGCAUACGGUGGUACUUACGGCCUGGUGAUGUCCACUGUCUUGGAGUCGGUCCCUGAGAAGGCACGAGGUGUCGUUGCUGGAUUCACCCAACAAGGAUUCUCUGCCGGAUAUCUGCUUGCCUCAGGAUUUCAUUUGGCAAUGAAUCCAUACGGAUGGCGCCCUCUAUUUUGGCUUUGUGGUGGCUUGACAGCGCCUGUCAUUGUCCUGCAUUUGAUAACACCAACCCACUCCGUCGUUAUGGCACAGAGCAGCACUGGAAAUGAUGCUGCUGACGAGCGCGGAGCCGUUGGCGGUAACUUGUCUUUCGUUAAGAAACUGAGAUAUGUUCUUCGAUACCACUGGAAGCCUUUCGUAUCGGUGGAAUUCUGGGAGGAAUUUUCGGAGGUUUCUUUUCCCACCGUAUCAAUCCCAAAUGGGUGGCUGCUGGAGCCGGCCUUUUCAAUCGGUGCUUUUUGGCUUCAAUUCUUCUAUGGAGCGGCAAUUGGAAACCUGGGCAACUUGCUCCAGCAGCUUUGUCCUCACCCUGGAAUUCGUGCCGCCUUUACUGGAGUUGCAUACAAUAUUGGAAAUGCUGUUUCAUCAUGCGCCCCAUCAAUCGAGACUGCACUUGGUGAAAGGUUUCGUACGAGCAGUGGAAUGCCAGAUUACGCACGAACUCAGAUGGGCGUUGUGGGUGUAGUCAUAUUUUUCCUUGUCAUGGUCCUAGCCAUCAUGCCGCUGGAGAGCCUCAAUAAAAGCUGGGAUCAAGAAGAUCCAAACCAGGAUAUUCCUACACAAGCAGUGAAUAGUUAUAAGCUGGAGGCUCUUGAGCAAUCCGAUGACAAGCCAACCUGCGAGGAGAUUGCUUAA